AUGGCUAACAACACGCAGAAACAAGUAGAUGCGGAGCAGAAGAACGAGCCGGUACCCAAAGUCAAAUUAUCACAGAAAGAGCGCAGAGCGCAGCAUGCCGAGCAACAGCGGAUGCUGUGGGACUCAGCGGAGAACCCUGAACCCAUGCUUUUUCUCGAUGCCCAGAACAAAGCACCCGUACAGUCGACAUUUAAGCCCGCUGUAACGCUACUUGCCCGCAAACCGAAAGCUCCUGCCGGCAUUGCUGGGCUUAGCUUGGAUGGUGACGAAAGCGAGGAGGAGAGACGGAAGAAGAGCGAAGCCGAGUUCGAAGAGCGCAAAGCGCGUGCACAAAAGGAGCGGGCGGAGAAAGAGCGGAGGUAUGCUGAGGCGCGCGAGAAGUUAUUUGGCACUCCUGCGAACUCGGAUGAGUCCCGCGGCGCCUCACCAAGGCGAGCUGGGAAAGGCAGAGGUCGGGGUGGACGCGACAGCCAACCGCGCUCGAGCAACGAGCAGUCCCCGGCCAGGCCCUCGGCUUCACGACAGCUAUUCGAGCCUGCCUACUCUCCAAAACCAGGGUCCGUCUUUGUCCAGAAGAAGGAUGCAAGCACAAGCCGACCGAGUACACCAAACAAUCAGGAGAAGCCAAUCCGUGAGCCUCGUGGGCCCCAGGCAACAAUUAGAGGUGGAAGAGGAUUCGCUCCUAGGGGAGACCGAAAUGGCACUGUGUCGUGA